GAAAGCAAAACGGUGUUCACCAAGCUAGCCAACUACAUAGGCAAAAACUUGGUCCAUCUCAUCGACCGGCAAGAUGAACCCCACUGUUUCCGUCUUCAGAAGGAUCGUGUCUUCUAUGUGUCUGAGUCGUCUAUGCGCCUCGCAAUUUCGGUCGCACGACCAAACCUCAUAAGCCUCGGAACUUGCUUUGGGAAAUUCACAAAGAGCGGCAAGUUCAAGCUCCAUAUCACGGCGUUGGACUACCUCGCACAAUAUGCGAAGUACAAGGUAUGGAUCAAGCCGAACGGAGAGAUGCCCUUCCUGUACGGCAACCACGUACUCAAAGCACACCUUGGUCGCAUCACGGAGGACACGCCUGAGCACCAAGGUGUGGUCGUAUACAGUAUGAAUGACACGCCACUAGGGUUUGGUGUGACUGCCCGGUCCACGGUCGACACAAGAAAACUUGACCCCACCGCAAUCAUUGUUUUCCACCAAGCCAGCGGUACACGUCUCUCCGCACGUGUCUUCCACCUCUCGAGUAUGUCGACCGCCACAACCUCCUCCGCGCCGGACUUGCCCUCACAGUGGAGCACCCUUGUCGACGAUGAAGUGUCUAUCGCCAACGUAGAGCAGCUGCUAAAACCUAUCAACGAUGAUCUCUGGGUCUCUGCCGCAUGUGUCGACCGCAUACUCGAGGACGCGACCGUCCAGAGGACGCUGCUAGACCUUGGAAUUGAACGAACAUCACAAGCGGCGCAACGUGCUCGGGAUGCUGCCGGGCGCGUAGGAAGCGACGACGAUGAAGCGGAGACGAUUCAGGAGACGGUGGAUGAGCGGACGCGGCACGCCUCCCUCACUUCGUACUUCUCGCAGGAACCAGUGGACGCGCAGCUGUGUCGAAUCCGCGCGGUCUUGCUCGAACGACUGGACAGGCUGAACACUUGGGUGGAGAUAUGCAAGGAGGCUCCGGUGCAGAAUGAAGACGAGGAGGAUGCGAUUGACGAGGAAUGGGAGGACGACCCAUGGGCGGAAGAUAAUGCUGCCCCCGCACCACCGACCUCGAAGUCUGGUAAGACUCCCGUACCCCUCUCGGCAUUCUUCACGGUCGAUUUGGCGGAGACCGCCUGUCUGUUCGCGUCGCAAGAGCGUUUCACGGCACUCCGCAUAUUAUUCGACCGACAUGGAACGACCCUCUGGCCAUACCGCUUCUAUAUCCUCGAGUGCAUUCCCGAGUACGCCCUGGCGACUGAGUACCGGGACGUACUACCAUCUUUUGACGCUUCUCUCAACGCGGAGCAGAGACCCCACGCAAGGUCAUGGAGGGAGGAGGCGGACUAUUCUGAGUCCCCAGAAUGCAUUCGCGCUCUCGCCGAGUGUGGGGUACCUUUAUCUGUUCCCUAUCCCGCCGCGCCUUCAAGAUUUACCGCCAAUCCCUCGCCACUCUCUUCCUCUGACUUAUCGUCUUGGUAUCUCCGGAGGAUUGACCAUGUUCUUUCGUCUACCGGGUUGGUCGACGCCGCUCUUGUCCUCGUGCAGCAUGUCGCUUCGCAGGGUGUCCCCGGGCUGGAUGAGGUUGGCGAGGACCUCAGCCUGAUCGCGCGUUUAGUCUAUGAUGCAUCUCAAGGAGUAGACAGCGCGGCGGAGGACUGGUCGUUGGAGAGGUGGAGGUCGAUGUCACCCGAAGAAGUCGUCCGCGCGUACCUAGCGCACUCGACCGAGGUGAGCAUCGCGCGCGACAUCCAGAAGCUUGUCAUGCCAUACCUCUUCGUCCUCGAAUCGCGCGCCGAGCGUGCAGGGACACCCGACCUGGAUCUCAUCACGCGCAUGCUCUACGGCUACAUUUUGGACGCCCCCCUUGACAUUGUUGCUGCGAUAUUCGAGGCAUCGAAGCCGACCCUCGCGCAGGGGCAGCGCAUCAUCAAGGAUGAUGAAGAUAUGGCGCGCCUCGCUCUGGCGUGCCUGUAUGGGAGCGACAAGAUGGAUGAGUGGCCAACGAUGAGCCGGAUAUUCGAGUGUCUUCCCGCAUGGGAUACACCUGAAAUUGAGGACGCCGACGCCGACGAAACCGAUACUACCAUCGCGUCCCUAGGUAACUUUGUCACACCAUCCACCACGCGACCCCGCGUAACGCCCUCGGACUUGCUCCUUUUUUUCAAGCCGUUGCCAACCACGUCUCUAUCGCGCGCCUUGGACGUCUUGGAUGUGCAUCUCGAGUCUGGAGAGAUUCUCGCAAGAUGGGGUGUUCCUGCACCCCUGCGCUGGUUCUUGCAAAGCAACAGCAACAUCGGCGAACAACGCUCUCGGGCCAACCGCAUGGCGCGUCGUGCGAAUGCGUCGGAUGACCAGCUCGACACUCAAGAGGACUGGGAGUGGCUCCUGGAGGAUAUGCUCAAACUUGCGGGCUCCGACGAAGGCGAUUCGCGGAGCGCUUUUUGUCUCCUAUCCCGGGAUGAUAUAAUUCGCAUAUUCUUCAGUGGCCUCCUGAGCACUGGCAACUUCGACAUCGCGAAGAAGUUACUUCAGUCAUCGAAUUUGAAAGGCUCUCUCGAUCAUCAAAUAAUCGAGGACAUCUGCCUCACAUGCUCGCAAGAGUUCUACGACAACGCUACGUCGGGAAACUAUCACUUCGGCGACAUGAAGCUGGCGUACGACUGUUUGGAUGUCCCCGAACCUUCGGACCGCGUGGUCCAAGAGAAAGAAUUCAUCGAAGCCACCUCUCGCCUUUGUUCAUUCAAUCUGAUGUCACGUCCGGGUAUCCCCAUAUCGCCGAUCGAGAUCCGCCUAACCAAGGACCGCCUCUCCCUCGUCUCUCGUGUAUUGUCAAGCAACAACGACGCAUACAAGCAUACCGAAGUUAUCCUCGACCUUGUCCACAAGCUCGGCUUCCGCGGCGACAUCGUCGCCGAGGUCAAGACCCUCGCCAUGCUCGCCGAGACUGCCCUCCAAGUCGAGGACUUCGGUCGCGCGUAUGAAACAAGCGAGAAGAUGGUCAACACCGUCUUGCUCCUCCGCUCGUCGAAUCCGGUCGCCCCAGAAGACCCCAGCAUCCAAGAGGCGAGCGAGGUCUGCUGGCUGACCUGCUUCCAGCUCGGACGCCACCCCGAGUUCCCGGACGUAGACAAGAAGCUCGCCCUCCUGGGCCGUGCGCUCGAGUUCUGCCCCCCAGAAAAGCUGCCGGACAUCCUCGCCGCUUGGUGUGCUCUGGAGGAAGAGGACAUCGACCAGCGUCGAGAGGCGCUCGCUGCCCGGAAACGCGGCGGGCGUCGGAGGAGCGCACCUCGCCAGCGGGUCACCGGGGUGGAUGUCGCUGCGUCCCUCGCGAGCCGCCUGCAGAACAUGCAGAUGCACAUUCCUGCCUCGCCCGACGCCGCGGCGCUCGCCAACAAGGCUUUCAGCCGUGUCGCAGCGAACAUCCCAUUCUCCUUCGGGGGCAGAGGGCGGUCGUAUCUGUCGCAGGACUCGGACAGGUCGAGGAGCGGGAGCAGAACGGGGGCGGACGGAGCGCACGUCGUCUCGGAACAAGCCUCGCGUGCCCUUCAGAAGGGCAUUGGAUGGUUGCUGGGGGCGGACGACGAGUAAGGCCAUCGGACGUCAUGACUAUUUCCGCUCUUAUCUAUGUAGUUAGCACUCGACUUGGGACUAUGUUAAUGCCACUGGGGACUUCGAUCGAGUUCAUGCAUCUCGAGUACUCAGACAUGCCUCGAGUCACUCCAAAUUAUUUGGAUAGAGAGACAUGGUGCUCGCAGUACGGCCCACGGUCCAGCCCAGGAUGCA